GCCGGCGCCGUCGGUCCCGCGCUGCGCGCUCCCUUCCGCGUUCCGCUGUCCGCCGCCCCGCCUGGCAACCCGGCCCUGCGUGGGGGGCCGCUAGCCAUGGCCUGAGCGCCCUGGACGCGGCGCUGUCGGCGGCCGGCGGAGCGCGCCAUGCCCAGCAGGACGGACCCCAAGAUGGACGGGAGCGGCGGCCGCGUCCGUCUGAAGGCGCACUACGGCGGGGACAUCCUGAUCACUAGCGUGGAUGCCAUGACAACGUUCAAGGACCUCUGUGAGGAAGUGCGAGACAUGUGCGGCCUGCACCAGCAGCACCCGCUCACCCUCAAGUGGGUGGACAGCGAAGGCGACCCUUGUACCGUGUCCUCGCAGAUGGAGCUGGAGGAGGCCUUCCGCCUGGUGUGUCAGGGCCGGGAAGUGCUCAUCAUCCAUGUUUUCCCAAGCAUCCCGGAACAGCCAGGCAUGCCUUGUCCUGGGGAAGACAAAUCCAUCUACCGCCGCGGGGCCAGAAGAUGGAGGAAGCUAUACCGCGCCAACGGCCACCUCUUCCAAGCCAAGCGCUUUAACCGGAGAGCUUACUGUGGCCAGUGCAGCCAAAGGAUAUGGGGUCUCGCGAGGCAGGGCUACAGGUGCAUCAACUGCAAGCUGCUGGUCCAUAAACGCUGCCACGUCCUCGUCCCGCUGACCUGCAGGAAGCAUAUGGAUUCUGUCAUGCCUUCCCAAGAGCCUCCAGUAGAUGACAAGAACGAUGGUGUAGACCUUCCUUCAGAGGAAACCGAUGGAAUUGCUUAUAUUUCUUCAUCUCGGAAACAUGACAAUAUCAAAGAUGAUUCUGAGGACCUUAAGCCUGUCAUUGACGGGGUAGAUGGGAUCAAAAUCUCUCAGGGGCUGGGGCUGCAGGACUUCGACCUCAUCAGAGUUAUCGGGCGUGGGAGCUAUGCCAAGGUCCUCCUGGUGCGGCUGAAGAAGAACGACCAGAUCUAUGCCAUGAAGGUGGUGAAGAAGGAACUAGUCCAUGACGACGAGGAUAUCGACUGGGUGCAGACAGAGAAGCACGUGUUCGAGCAGGCAUCCAGCAACCCCUUCCUGGUUGGCUUACACUCCUGUUUCCAGACAACAAGCCGGUUGUUCCUGGUCAUAGAAUACGUCAAUGGCGGGGACCUCAUGUUCCACAUGCAGAGGCAGAGGAAGCUACCAGAGGAGCACGCCAGGUUCUAUGCUGCUGAGAUCUGUAUUGCUCUCAACUUCCUACAUGAGAGAGGGAUCAUCUACCGGGACCUGAAACUGGACAACGUCCUCCUUGAUGCUGACGGACACAUUAAGCUGACAGACUACGGCAUGUGCAAGGAAGGCCUAGGCCCCGGUGACACGACAAGCACUUUCUGUGGGACCCCGAACUAUAUUGCCCCUGAAAUCCUGCGAGGAGAAGAAUACGGGUUCAGCGUGGACUGGUGGGCGCUGGGCGUCCUCAUGUUUGAGAUGAUGGCUGGACGCUCCCCCUUUGAUAUCAUCACGGACAACCCGGACAUGAACACUGAAGAUUACCUUUUCCAAGUGAUCCUGGAAAAGCCAAUCCGGAUCCCCCGCUUCCUGUCCGUCAAGGCCUCACACGUCCUGAAAGGGUUUUUAAAUAAGGAUCCCAAAGAGAGGCUUGGCUGCCGGCCGCAGACUGGAUUUUCUGACAUCAAGUCCCAUGCCUUCUUCCGCAGCAUAGACUGGGACCUGCUGGAAAAGAAGCAGGCCCUGCCUCCCUUCCAGCCCCAGAUCACAGACGACUAUGGCCUGGAUAACUUUGAUACGCAGUUCACCAGCGAGCCUGUGCAGCUGACUCCAGAUGACGAGGACGUCAUAAAGAGGAUUGACCAGUCUGAGUUUGAAGGCUUUGAGUACAUCAACCCGCUUCUGCUGUCUGCUGAGGAGUCCGUGUGAGGCCAUGAGCGUCUCCCUUGUGGACACGCCUGUGAAUGACCCUGUCACUUUACCCUUAACCACAGCAUAUGCAUGCCAGGCUGGGCACGAGGCUCCGAGCAGCCAAGGAGGGAUGCUGGCCACCGAGACCGCAGAGGGGCACCCAGCAGGCACUUCUGGACAGAGCAGUCUCUUGUGUCCAGGCCCCAGAGGCUGGCUUUGUGCUGGAGGAAUAGCUUCCUGUGCCCGUGGCAGCCCUACCAGAGGGCAAGACAGUCACGCCAUUUCGAAGGUGCACAUUUUCCACAGAAACAGAACUCGAUGCACUGACCCGCUCCAGGAAAGUUAGCGUGUAAUGCCCUGAGGAAUAAAAUGUACCGAUGAUGUCGAAGCUUCCUCUGCUGCCUUUUUUCUGAGUGGCACCCGCCUGACGUCCCCAGCGCAGCCCCCACGUGAGGAGGAGCUGCGUGUUCCGAGCAGGCAGAACGUAGGCAGGGGACGGGCACCCAAGUGCCUGCAGGAAUGCACUGCAACGAGAAUUGUUACAGAUUCGGAACUUUUUUCUAAAUCCCGGUAAGUUUUGUUGUUAAUAUUUAACAUGUAUUUUCAUACCCAGCGCAGCUAGCCAUGGUAGUCCAAGGCUGCAGUGACAUCCUGGCCAGGUUGGUGAUGCUGUUCCCACCAGCCCCGUGGACUCUGAUGGGGGAAACUGGAUUAUAGCGAUUCUAAAACAUUGCUUACCAAAGCACCAGUAAAACCAAAUAAAUAGGUAAAUAAAUAAAAAGGGAAAGAAUAAUUGAAAACUAAAUCCGCAAAAAAAAAAAAAAUAUAUAUUUCUGAAAACACUAGCCAGUGCCUCCAAGAUGUCUUGUGUUAUACAUUAGAUUUUUUGGAAAAUAUUUUUAU